AUGGAUUUCUUGGAACUCGACUGUCCAGCUUCUAUGCGUUGGGUGCAAUACUUGAAAAGGCUCGGAGAUCUCAUUGAGGAUGGAUGCACUCAUGUUCUUACCCCGUGUAAUACAAGCUACAACUGGGAUGUGGAAAGUGUAUGGCAUCACACCUUUUACAAUGAACUUUGUGAUGCUUCAGAACAACAACCAGUUCUCCUUACUGAAGCACCUCUCAACCCCAAGGAAAACAGAACAAAGAUUGCACAAAUGACGUCUAAAUCUUUCAAUGUUUCAAGUUGUGCUGGACCUUGGCCAGGAGACCUCACAGAAGCUCUAAUGAAGGAUUCUAGGAUCCCUCCUGAUACCAACAGCAUUGUUGAGCGGGACAUUUUGUCAAAAGAAAAGCUUGGUUAUGUGGCUUUUGACCGUGAACUGGAGUUGAAAGAAGCUUCAAUGAUGAGCAGGGAAUCAAUUGAGAGUAGCUAUGAGUUACCCGAUGUCCCAUGUGGGCUCUCCCCCACAGCUGCCAUCUCUGCAUCCAAUAAGGUUGAUUUUGAAUCCUCUGAUAAACCAGACUCGGUUCUUACCCUCUUUAGAAACCAUGGAUUCACCGAAGCUCAGAUUUCCAGUUUCAUUAGAAAGUUCCCAUCAUAUCUUGUUUCCAGUCCUUCAAAGACCCUUCUCCCUAAACUUGAGUUUUUUAAUUCCUCAGGCGUUUCAAACCCUAACAUUGCAAAAAUCCUCUCCCAUGAUCCAAGGGUUUUGUUCUUUAGCUUAGAGAACAAAAUCAUCCCUGCUUUUAAUUUCUUCAAGAGUUUAGUUGGGACUCUGGAGAAUGUUGUUUUUGGUCUAAAACGUCAACCUCGUUUCAUCAGUUGUGAUAUACAGAAUGUGGCUCUAAAUAUUGCAAUCUUGAGAGAAAAUGGAGUUCCUGAGUCUAACAUUGUUAGUUUACUAACUUACUAUGCCACCUCCAUGACAACUAAAAAUGAUCGGUUUAAACAGAUGGUUGAGGAGAUUAAGCAAAUGGGUUUUGAUUUUUCAAAAUACACUUCUAUGCUUGCUCUCAUUGUGUUGACAUCAAUGAACAGAUCAACAUGGAAGCAGAAAUUGAAGGCUUAUGGGAGGUGGGAUUUUUCUGAGAAUGAGAUUCUCAUGACAUUUAGGAGGUGCCCUUGGUUUAUGACACAUUCUGAGAAGAAGAUAAUGAGGCAUAUGGAUUUCUUUAUUAACAAAAUGAGUUGGGAACGUGCAGUUAUCAUCACGUAUCCGCAACUUCUAAGGCUUAGCUUCGAGAAGAGGAUUCUUCCAUGGUGUUCAGUUUUACGAGUGUUGAUAUUGAAAGGUCUGGUGAAGGAAGAUCUUAAAAUGGGACGCCAAUUGAUCAAAAGUGAGAAGAUUUUCUUGGGGGAGUUUGUGACAAAAUAUGAGAAAGAAGUUCCUCAACUCUUGGAUUUAUUCAAAGGGAAUAUUAGUCUGCUAGGACUAGGAUAUGGAAGUGAUGAAGUGUGGAAAGAACCUGUUGUAAAAUGCUCAAUUUUUUGA